CUCUGAACUCAAACCCAUCACACCUGAGAGAACUGAACCUGAGCUGGAAUCAAAUAAAAAACACAGGAGUGAAUCACUUAUGUGACGUACUGAAGGAUUCACACUGUAAACUGGAGAGAUUGAGGUUAAGAUACUGUUAUAUAACAGAUGAAGGUUGUUCUGCUAUGGCUUCAGCUCUGAAAUCAAACCCAUCACACCAGAGAGAACUGAAGCUGAGCGGGAAUAAACUUGGAGACUCUGGAGUGAAAAACCUCAGUGAUCUACUGAUGAACACACAAUGCAAGCUGGAGAAACUAGAUCUGUAUAGAUGCAGUAUUACAGAGAAACA